UCGCGGCUAUGUGUCCAGCGUCGCGACUAGCAUCUUUAAGCUGCCACUAUGAUGAUUGGCUGCAUCAUCGGUAGAUGUCGGAUCCAAUUCCAAAUCGAGUUAGCUCGAUAAUGCAUUCUCUUUCUACCAGAUGUCCUAUCUACAACAGUCCGCUCGGAUACUUCACUAUAUCAUUGCGACAUCUUGACCUUGUUAACUGACAACCAGCUCAUCGCAUAUCUAACUUCAAAUUAUGACUGUAUCGGAGCCUUCCUUCACGGCCCCUGCCAAAACAAUCCCCUUCCAUGGCUUGCUCUUCGAUAUGGAUGGGACUAUCAUCGACUCCACAGAGGCCAUAGUGAAGCAUUGGCACAAGAUUGGGAAGGAGAUCGGUGUCGAUCCUAAUGUCAUCCUCGCUUCAUCACAUGGUCGAAGAUCGAUAGAUGUCCUUAGGAUCUAUGAGCCAAAGCUCGCAAAUGAGGAGUAUAUCUCUCAAGCAGAGGGGUUGAUUCCGAAGGAAUUCGGGCAAGACGCCAUUGAGAUUCCCGGUUCACGAGCUUUGUUGGACAAGCUCGAAGAGCACCUUGUUCCAUGGUCCAUCGUUACCUCGGGCACGCGACCUCUUGUGCAAGGCUGGCUCGAUGUCAUGAAGCUGGCGCACCCCAAGAAUCUCGUAACGGCAGAAGAUGUGCCCAACGGCAAGCCAGACCCUGCACCCUACCAGAUGGGUGCAAAGAAGCUGGGACUCCAAGAAAACAAAUCUUCCAUCAUUGUCUUCGAAGAUGCGCCUGCAGGCGUCAAGUCUGGGAAGGCAGCAGGGUUCGUCGUGGUGGGACUUUACACCACACAUACGCUAGAACAGCUGAUAGAAGCUGGCGCAGAUUACAUUGUCAAGGACAUGCGCAGUGUCACGCUGACAUCAUGGGACAAAGCAACAGGGCAAGGAGACAUACAGGUCGCAGAUGCCUUAGUCUAAGCGAAGAGAAUCAACACCGACUGUUACCUUACUCGUCUUUGUGUGGGCGAUUCAGUAUUUUGCCAGGAUCGUGAGCCUGCUUACUCGACAUUUUUCAGGUCUACUGCAAGCUCAGUUUACAUCGGUGACUGGGCUGCAGUCAGACGGUUGAAGCUUACGAUAAGCCGUAGAUUGGAUGGAAGAUGAGGUCGAAGACCGAUUGUGCGGCGGAGCAACAAUGUUUGGAGGUUGAAAUGUACUUCAUGCGUGCACAGCCUCGCGACCCUUAAACAGCAUGCAGGAGUGUCGCUUGGAGUGCUAGCCUUGUUCGACUCGCCGUAUCAUCCUCCCUGUACGGGAGUCACGGAAUGCAGCGCGUCGCAUGAAAUACUCCAUUUCGAGCAGUCUGCGCCCCAUCGAACUGUUUUCUGGAAAGACGAUGGCAC